GUCAAAUGAUGACGUUUGGUUGAAGAAAAAGAUAGAAAUCGGAAAUGUCGCGAAAAAAUGUUUUUCUUGUGAAAAUUGCAUUUUUCCUCCCUCUGCUGGCCUCCGUGUGCUCCCUUUACGAGGAUCAAAUUGGGAAAUUCGACUGGCGAAGGAGUUUUGUAGGGAAAUUGCAGGAUGGUUUCUUCGAUUCCGUGGGCAAUGACUUGCUCAUCGUGACGUCAGAGGAGAAUGUUGUUGCGGGACUGAGUGCCAAGACGGGAGACAUCCUGUGGCGACAGGUGCUGGAACGUAGCGCACGGGGUGACAUCAAGCAUGCCGCCUUCUACACUGAUACGCAAUCUGUGGCGCCCCAGAGUACGGUGUUGACUGUCUCGGGGCACUCUCCAACCCUCAUACGUGGUUGGAAUCCCACCGAGGGGCUCGUAAUGUGGGAAUGGAGCCUCACAUCGCACUAUCCGGAACACCGCGAUGACAUCUGGUUCACUGACAACCUCAUGCUGUACCACGUCAUCCCCUUCUGGGAGUCACACCUCGAGGUAACGCAGUAUUAUGCCUCAACGGGGCAACAACUAAAGCCUGGAAGCUCCAAGAUUAGUGCAGCUUGGAUUAAGAAGGGGAAAUGCGUCCUGGCGACACCUUUCUUCGUCUGUGCCAUUGAAAAUCAACUAAUUGGGGUGAAUCUCAUCUCCGACAAUGGGCAGCUGUUCUCGAAAACUCUCCCAAAGGCUACUGUGGAAGCCCCCAAAGUCAUUCCUGGACUCCGGGCAACAAUUCUCCUGAACAAUGAGCUAAUUUCCCUCGAAGGGAACUCAUUUGAGGCAAAAAUUCAGCCAAAUGCAAAUUAUUUCGUGGCUACCAUUGACAAUCGGGAGAUUCUCUUACAAACCACCGUUGAGGGUGGGAAUAUCAAGGUCUCAGCUGUGGAUUUACUUUCUGGGCAGAGUAAAAGUGAAGUUGAAGCUGUAAUUCCACUUCCUGCCUCACUGGGAACACCCGCAAUUAAGGCUGUCAAGUGCAGAAGGAAGUCAGACUCUCAGCCACUUGCUUGUCGCUUCCUCCUGGACACUGUGGAUGAUUCUGUAGUGCUGGUGCAGCAGGGAAAGAUUAAGUGGACACGCGAGGAAGCUCUGGCGAAUGUUGUGGCUGUUGAAAUGGUGGAUCUGCCCUUGUCUGACGAUGAAGGAGCCAUUGAGGAUGAGUUUAACAGCAAAGAUGUGGAUAAUGGUGUUCAAUGGGAUUUCUUUGGAGCAAUCGCCAGACGUUUAACAAGUCAGGUGUAUCAAAUUAAGAGCAUUUUCCUGACUGUCAUGGGUCUGGGGAGUCUCUCAACAUCCUCCAAUGUUGACAUCCUCGUCCGGGAUUCUUUUGGGCUGCACAAAGUCAUCGUAAUUCUCACUGCAAGUGGGAAACUCUUUGGAAUUGAUAACAUUUCCGGAAAGGUUCACUGGCAAAAGUUCCUGGUUGAGAUUGAUCACUUCACAGAGAGUCAACCAAUGAAGCUUCUUGUGCAGCGAACUGCAAAACAUUUCCCGCAUCCACCGCAAUUUGCUGUUGUGGGAAAACAAAAGAAUUCCCGGAAUGGGGUUAUCUAUCAAUUUAAUCCGGUGUCAGGAGAGCCCAUUCAGGGUGGAAUUAUUCGUUUGGAAUAUGGGAUUCAGCAGUUAAUGGUACUCAAUGAGGCUGAAUCUGGGAACUUCCUCCGUGCCAUCCUCAUACUCGAUGAGAAGAAUAGGGCUCAUGUUUUGCCUGAGAGUGAGAAGAUUCAAGCCAAUGGGAUGUUCCUCUUCACGGUGAAGACUGAAGGGGAAGUGUCUGGGUAUCACAUUCAUGCCACAAACAAAGAAAUCUCGGCGAAUUUGGUGUGGAAAUUGGAUCUAAGCGGGGGCUCCAAUGCUCAGGUGAUUCAAGUAGCUGGGAAGAAUCCAAUGGAACGCGUACAUUCACAAGGAAGAGUCCUCAGUGAUCGUUCUGUUCUGUACAAAUACGUAAAUCCCAAUCUAAUUGCAAUUGCAACCUUUGGAUUGGAUGCCAUUCACAAAUAUGUAAUAAAUGUUCAUCUAAUUGACGUGGUUUCGGGAUCAAUUGUCGUCACAUUGACGCAUAGACGUGCCAAGGGGCCCCUUCAUAUGGUACAUUCAGAGAAUUGGCUCGUCUAUUCCUACUACAACGAUAAAGUCCGUCGAACGGAAAUGACCACAAUUGAGCUUUAUGAAGGGAAAAUUCAGACAAAUAGUACCGUUUGGAGUUCAUUGAUCUCCCCGCCAGAACCAAUGGUUGAGCGACAAUCGUACAUCAUUCCUGCCAAUGUUUUUGCCAUGAAGGAGACAAUCACGGAGAAGGGGAUAACCAAUAAGGAUGUUUUGAUUGGCCUCUCAACGGGAGCAAUUGUGGAGAUGCCAUGGGCUCUCCUGGACCCCCGACGUCCAGUUACAGCAACGCAGAAUCAAGCACGCGAAGAGGGUGUCAUCCCGUACAUUCCGGAACUACCGCUGCCUAGUGAGAAUGUCAUCAACUACAAUCAAUCCAUAGCCCGGAUUAGGGGCAUCUACACAGCCCCAAGUGGACUGGAGAGCACCUGCCUCGUGAUUGCGCAUGGGCUGGAUAUGUUUGUGACGCGUGUGGCGCCCUCGAAGACGUUUGACUUGCUCAAGGAGGACUUUGACUACUUCCUCAUCUCAAUUGUCCUUCUUGGGCUCACCGUGGCAUCGUACGUGGUGAAACAUCUCGCCUCACGGAAGGCAGUGAAGCAGGCAUGGAAAUGAGAGAGAGAGCUUCAAAAGAAAGGAUUCUUUGCAUACCAAAGUGCAAUUUUCUUUGCAUUUCCCACAUGUGGCGGACUCCGUCACAUCUUUUUAGUUCAGUUUGUUUAAAUUUUCAUUAAAAAGUUUGUAUAUUUUGGAACGUUUGUCCCCUCGAAGGGGCAACUAAUGAGGAAGAUUUUGCAAUUUUUGAUUUUUCUUUGUUAAGAAUAAUAAUUUCUUGAGAAAACGAAGAAUUUGCAAAAUAAAUGGGAAUUGGGGGAUUUUUCAAAGACAUUAUAAAUGUGGUAUUGCGAAGAGAAAAUAUAGAAAAAUUAAUUUAUAAUUCUUA